AUAAACGGGAUUUACAUCGCCAAAUUAUGAUUUUAUGUACCACAUGUAUUAUAUUUGCGUUUUGGUCCAUACCAUUUACGGGGAAAUAUUUUGGUUUUGGUGGUCUUUUUAUCAACCUUUUGAUUUAUUCAACGUUUGAUGGGGGAGUUUCGACAUUAGUCGAUAAUCUAACCAUAAAUGUAUUAAAUCGUAAAGGAGAUUCUGCGGAAUUUGGACGUCAGCGUCUUUUCGGAACCUUAAGUUGCGGGAUUUCCAUAGCCAUGCUUGGAUUUCUGAUAGAUAGAUUUAAGUCAUUUUACGCCAUGUUUUUCACAUUUGGAUUUUUCAUGGGACUAUUUUUAUUAGUUAUAUAUUUAACACCUCUGGGAGAUUUUAAGGCAGAUCAUCAUGAUGAAUUAAUUGAAGAAGAUAUAGAAGUAGUAAGCCUCGAUCAAUUCGGGCGUACACAAAAUGAAACACCCACACAAGUUGUGGAUACAAACAUCAUGGAAACAGCACCAACACCUUUUAUGAAAGCAUUCUUUCAACUUAUCACAAAGCCACGAUUAUUAUUAUUUCUUUUCGUGUUGCUUUCGACGCACACGAUGAAAACAGCAAUAUCAACAUUUCUUUAUAUAUUUUUAUCAGAGGACCUUAAAGCUGAAGCAUCUUUGUUGGGGUUAAGUUCCUUUGUAGGAAUAACUCUUGAAAUAGGAGUUUUUUAUUAUGGGAAACAUAUCUCGGAAUCUAAUGUUCCAGAAGUCAUUGUUGUGGCAGGAGGAAUUACAUCCACUCUUAGAGCUGCAUUAUACGCAUUUUUUGUAAAGUCAGCAUCUUUAGAUAUUAUUUCACAGGUAUCACCACCAAGAUUAAGGGCUACAGCACUUGGUAUACUUACAGCCACAGAAAGCUUGUCGACAGGCCUUGGACAGAUUGUCGGGGGGAUACUAUAUGGAUAUUUUGGUGCUGUUAAAAUGUUUCUAUAUUCAUC